UGUCCAGGACCUUGAUUCUUUUAUUUCUUCUACAUGUAGUGAGCGGUUCUAUGGUAAAGCUGAAAAAUGGUGGCUAUGAGGAUAUUGUUAUUGCGAUUAAUCCUGAGUUACCAGAAGAUGAGAAUAUCAUCAAAAACAUACAGGCCAUGGUGAAAGAGGCGUCGAAUUACUUGUUCAAUGCUACAAAACAGAGGGUUUUUUUCAAGGCUGUAAAAAUUAUAAUUCCUCUGCAUUGGCAGUCAAAAACUGAGUAUUUAAAUGUAAAAACAGAGUCAUAUGAUAAGGCAGAUGUUAUUGUGGCUGAUCCUUUCUUGAAGUAUGGAGACGAUCCCUACACAGGAUGUGGGGGAAGGGGAAGAUAUAUUCAUUUCACUCCCAACUUCCUGUUAAAUGACAAUUUGCAAAAUAUCUAUGGAUCACGAGCCAAAGUUUUUGUCCAUGAAUGGGCCCAUCUUCGUUGGGGAGUGUUUGAUGAAUAUAAUAAUGAUGCACCUUUCUAUGUGUCUGUAAAUGGUGGAAUAGCGAGUGUUGAAGCAACUAGGUGUUCAGCUAGUAUCACUGGUAAAUACAGAUUUGAUGGCUGCACGGGAAACAUCUGCAUACGCAGGCAGUGCAAAUAUGAUCAACAAACAAAGCUGUAUGAAGCUGGAUGUAAAUUUGUACCAGAUAAAAUACAAAAUGCCCCGGCAUCUAUAAUGUACAUGCAAAGCCUCCCUUCUGUGGUUGAGUUCUGUGAUCAAAACACUCAUAAUGAAAAGGCUGUAAAUAUGCAGAACAAAAUGUGCAACCACAAAAGCACCUGGGAAGUCAUUAUGAACUCUUCUGACUUCAGCAACUCCUCUCCAAUAAAUGGCAGUAGUCCCCCAUAUGAGACCUCCUUCACACUGCUGCAGACCAAAGACAGAGUAGUCUGUCUAGUACUCGACACUUCCGGGAGUAUGAGUUCGAGUAACCGCAUGGAUCGUCUCAAGCAAGCUGCAGAGAUAUUCCUGCUACAAAUUGUUGAAAUGGGUUCCUGGGUUGGAAUUGUCACAUUCGAGUCUUCAGCGUACAUUAAAACUUAUCUACAACAAAUAAUCAGUGAGAAAGUGCGCCAGAAUCUUAUCCAAUUCCUGCCUACAUCAGCUAGUGGAGGAACUAUAAUCUGUGGAGGAGUACGCAAAGGAUUUGAGGUGAUUAAACAAAAAUACUCUAAUCUCUAUGGUUCUGAAAUUGUACUGCUGACUGAUGGAGAAGAUUCAGGUAUGAGCAUUUGCCUUAAGGAGGUGGAAGACAGUGGCUCGAUCAUUCACACCAUUGCCUUGGGGCCAGAUGCUGCUCCAGAACUAGAAAAAUUUUCAAACAUAACAGGAGGCUUGCGGCUUUUUGCCACAGAUACAGUAGACUCCAAUGGCCUAAUUGAUGCAUUCAAUGGAAUCUCAUCAGGAAGUGGAAAUAUUUCUGAACAGUCCAUUCAGCUUGAAAGCACCGCUCUGAGAAUUCCAGACAAGCAGUGGAUGAAUGGAACAGUGACUAUUGAUAGCACUGUGGGCAAUGACACUUUCUUUGUAGUUACAUGGGAUCAAAGCACGUCUCCACCAGACAUUUUACUGAGAGACCCAAAAGGAAAAGAAUAUAGAACAUCCAGCUUCGUAAUUAGUAGUCUAAACCUUAAAACCACACGACUGAAUAUACCAGGCACUGCAGAGGCAGGGGAUUGGCAUUAUUGGAUUCAAAAUAACCACAUAGUUUCUCAAGUCAUAUCAAUGAUAGUAACAUCUCGAGCAGCAUCUUUGUCUGUGCCCCCAGUGACUGUGAAAGCCUACAUGAAUACGGAUACAAACAGCUACCCUAGUCCAAUGGUGAUUUAUGCAGAAAUUAGUCAAGGCUUUUUGCCUGUUCUUGGUGCAACCGUGAUGGCCACUAUUGAACCUAAAAAUGGAUCAGCAAAAAAUCUGCAACUCCUUGAUGAUGGUUCAGGUGCUGAUAUUACCAAGAAUGAUGGAAUCUAUUCAAAGUAUUUUACAUCUUUCAAUGGAAAUGGUAGAUACAACUUAAAAGUGCAUGUUCAGGGAAGAAAUAAGACUGUCAGACUUGGCCGCCAGCAGAGCCGAGCCUUGUAUGUUCCAGGCUACAUAGAAAAUGGUGAAAUCAAAAUGAAUCCACCAAGACCUGAAGUUAGUGAUGAUGAAAUUCAAGCAAAACUUGAAAGUUUCAACCGAGUUGCAACAGGAGGUUCUUUUGUUGUGGAGAAUAUUCCUGCAGGAGGAACUACUGAUGUGUUCCCACCCUGUAAAAUUAUUGACCUCGAGGCUCAGUCUGAAGAAGAUAAAAUUCACUUGUCUUGGACAGCUCCUGGGAAUGACUUGGAUGAGGGACAAGCUGAAAGCUACAUAAUAAAAAUGGGUGAAAGUCUUUUGGAGCUGAGGAACACCUUUGAUAAUGCUACUUCUGUGAAUACCUCUAGUCUGACACCUAAAUCUGCCGGCACCAAAGAAGCAUUCUGGUUUAAACCAGAGAAUUUCACAAUGGAAAAUGGCACCAUAAUCUACUUUGCAGUACGUGCCAUUGAUAAUGCCUCCCUGACCUCAGAAGUGUCUAAUAUAGCACAAGCAGCUCUGUUUGUUCUGCCGAAAGAAUCUGUGCCUAAUAAUCCUAAUGAUAACAAAGACGGUGUUAAUAUUCCAAUAAUCGUGUUAGCAGUAACUGGGUCAGUAAUAGCUGUAUUAAUAGUUGUAAGUGUAACAGUUUGUGUUUUACAUAAUAAUAGAAGAAGAGGCCCCGAGCUCAGAAUGUAAUAAAACUAAUUGUAAAAGUUCAGUAUGAAUGUAUCCUAAUUUGUUCUAUUUGUGAUA